UCCGUAUGUACUCAUAGCAGCUUUGGCUGUGGUGCUAGUUGUUGUUGAAAAGAAAAGGAAGACAGGGGGCGAGGCUGGUGAGAGGGAGAGAAAUAGUCAAAAUUGGGAGAUGGAAGGCAGUGAGAGCUCGGCAUCUCAACAAGCUCAAGUAGCAGCAGUGCAUCCAGCAGUGGAGCCGCUAUCAUACUUGCUUGGGACCUGGAGAGGCCAAGGCGAGGGUGGUUUUCCCACCAUCAACUCCUUCAAAUACGGCGAACAGCUCAACUUUUCCCAUCCUGGCAACAAGCCUGUGAUUGCUUAUUCUCAAAAGACUUGGAAACUAAACUCCGGAGAGCCUAUGCACGCUGAGAGCGGCUAUUGGAGACCUAAACCUGAUGGCACGAUUGAAGUUGUUAUCGCUCAGAGCACUGGUCUGGUUGAAGUCCAGAAAGGAACAUAUGAUGCAGAAGAGAAAGUGGUGAAGCUUCACAGCGAACUUGUUGGCAAUGCUUCUAAGGUGAGAGAGAUAACUCGAGUUUUCAAGUUGGUCAAUGAAGAAUUGGUUUAUGUGGUUGAAAUGGCUACGAGUCUUAAUAGUCUUCAACCACAUUUGAAAGCCUCACUCACGAAGCUCUGAUGCACAGUUAUCUUAUUUUACAGCUGCUCUCGUUACUUGCUAGCUGCAGCUACCCUUAGGUUCUGCUAGUUAUGCUGCUAUUAGUGAACACCUUUUGUAUUUUAAGCGAUGGAAUAACUUUGUUGAACCUUUCGACAAUUGUGGCGAAUGAUUUAACUCUGCACAUUGUAUAUUAAAAGAUGGUACUCAAGAGAUUGUUGUUGCAAUGGCAGAAUAAGUGCACCAAAGGCUUUUGAACUACCCGAAGAAUCGAAGCAUCACUAUUGAUGUUUUCUAAAGAUGAAUGCAACAAUCUGUUAUAUA